AUGUCGCUGGAACGCUCUCCCUCCUCAUCCUUCGACGAGAAGGAUGGGUCCGCUAUCGCUGAGCCUGCCGGCGCUGCUCUUUCAAGGAGGACUUGGUUCAGGACUUCGUUCUUCCAGAUCACCGUCGUCGGGCUCUGCGCCUUCCUCAGUCCCGGGUUGUGGAACUCGAUGAACUCGCUCGGCGCCGGCGGAGGCCAAAGUCCCUUUCUCGCCAACGCCGCCAAUUCAAUCGUCUUCGGUCUGAUGGUCUUGACAUGCCUGCUCGGCUCGACCAUUACGAACAAGCUCUCUUACCGCUGGGCGCUCGUUCUCGGCGCAUCCGGCUACGCUCCUUACGCCGGAGGACUCGUCCUUAAUUUGAAGAAUGGAUCAUCAUGGCUGGUCUACCUCGGCAGCGUGACCUGCGGUCUCUCCGCCGGUCUGUUCUGGAGUGUUGAGGGCGCCAUUGCUCUUGGUUAUCCCGAAGAGAACAAGCGCGGACGUUAUCUUUCGUACUGGCUCGCCUGGCGCAACGGCGGUCAGAUCCUCGGCGGCGCCAUCAGCCUCGGCCUGAACGCCAAGGGCAACAAAAUCGGCGCAAUCGGCCGCGAGACCUACUACGUCUUCAUUGCGCUGCAAGCAUUCGCACCCUUCGUCGCUGUCCUUCUUUCAAACCCUCCGCAAGUCCAGCGCAAGGACCGCACGCCUGUCAAAAUGGAGAACCACAUCGGCCUCAAAGCGGAGCUGAAGGAGGUCUGGGACACGCUCACGCGUCGUGAGGUUCUCUGGCUCGUUCCCGUCUCGCUCUUCGCCCAGUGGCCGUCGAGCUACGUCAACACAUUCUUUUCGCUGUACUUCACCGUGCGCGCUAGGGCCCUCGGAUCCCUCCUUAUCGCGAUUCUCAGCGUCAUCGGCAACGUCCUCCUGGGCUUCUGGCUCGACAAUAAGCGAGUCAGCAAGAAGGUCAAGACUCGCGUCGCGUUUGUCGGCCUGAUGACGAUCUUUGGCGGCGUGUUCAGCUGGCUCACUGUCCUCCAGACCCGCUUCCUCAAGCACAAGCCAAAGCUCGACUGGACCGAUGGCCACGCCUUCUCCGAAGCUUUCGGCGCCUACGUGAUCUUCUACAUCGUCUACUACACCCUCCAGAACGUCCUCUACUACAUCUUCUCCGAGCUCGCCCGCAACCCGAAGGAGCUCAUCCGCCUCUCGUCAAUCCUGCGCGGCGCAGAGUCGGCUGGUUCUGCCUGCGGAUACGGCGUGUCGGCGCGCAAGGUCUUGCCCAUGACGGUCCCGCUCGGCAUCGACUUCGGACUCUGGGGCGUCGCGUUCGCGGCGGCAAUGUUCACGGUCAAGGACGUUGGGACAAAGUGGGAGCUGAACAAGGAUGUGAAGGAGGAGAAGCAAGACGAGGUUCACUAG